AUGAUCCGAUUAAGACUGGCACUCAUCGUUUUGACAGCCAUUGUCAGUACCACCACCACACAAGCCAUCGAUUGGACCUUUUGGAACGAUGACGACGAUUCGACUCCUUCACCCGUGUCGUCCGAUACGUCGAUAUCAGAGACCCUGUCUCCAGAAACGCUGUCGAAUAUGAUGGGGUCCGAUUACAUGGACAAUGUCAAGUCUGUGAUUUACUCUGGAAAGGGGUCAGACUCGGACUCGGACUCUGGUUCGUUGCCUGAUGUCGGUUCCUCUUCAGGUUCGGCUUCCGAGCCGCCUGCUUCUUCAGCAUCGUCCUCUGCCUCCUCUCUCGAUACGGAUGAUAACUCUGCAUCGAACGCUCUGUCGCUAGCUGGUUCUUUUGGUUUGGACUUGCCAAUUCCUUCAAUGGACGAGAUCGCGACUCCUUCAACAGCCGUUACCAGCUAUAAAUCGACCUACCGCAACUGGGUGGGACCUUGGACUCAGUCCUCGGAUGCGGCUUGCUAUCGCGAAGCUCACUUCAUGAAAAAGUGUCCGAGCAACUAUGACCGUAACGAAUUAACCAACACGUGCUGGACGGAGUGUCCGAUGGAUUAUCCCGUGGAAUGUGGCAUGCAGUGCAUCCAACAGAACAAUGACUGCGGUCGUGAGAACGCUGCCAAGAUUUCUGCCGUUGCCAUGUCCGCCUUCAGUAUGGCCACCUUUGGCGUGUUCGGCCAGUUGGCCAACUGGUGA